UGUGAUUAAAAGAAACAAUAUAGAGUUAUCAAAAUUCUGAUGACGUUCCACGAGAUAAUCAUGCAAAUUUCUUAAAGCUGAAAGAGUUUGAGAAAACUGAGUUUGAGUGUGCAAAAAUAUAAACCAUAGUUUACUACUAUAAUUUUGUAUCUUUGUCCACCAACAGCUUGUGUUAUGGCCAAACACAAAAUGACAGAUGAAGUCUUUGACAGUCACGUAAUUUUACUGUUUAGUGCAGCUGCUACAGAUGCCAUGCUUUGUUUUCAUCUCUCUUUUCCUUUAUCCAUUCAAUCAUUAAGUGUCAACUCAUCUUUAGAUCCCUCUAUAAAUUCCAACAAGCAUGGAUUCAUUCUUCAAAAGUAUUUCAUAUAAGAUUCAAAAGGGCAAUCUUAUUGUGUCCUGAAAAGUGGGAGCAACAUUAUGGUGUAAGGUUUAGUUUUGUAUCAUUGGGGUUGCUUUGUGUGAGAUCAAUGGAGGGUAGUGAGACACAGAGAGUAGAGGGUCAACGAGUGAGAGGGUUUGACAUGUGGAGGAACCAUUGCAUGGGGGUUUUCUCAACUUCUCAACGAGAAGAAGAUGAGGAAACUCUCAAGUGUGUGGCAAUAGAGAGACUCCUUGCAAGGGCAUGCACCAAGAGAAGUGUGGUCAACCAAGUGGGAGGGAAAGCAGAAGAGUUUGACACCAAGCAAUUGGAGUUAUCAGAGAGAAAGAGCCUUCUAGAUAGACUUGUGAAGAUAGCAGAAGAAGAUAAUGAGAGGUUCUUGCUGAAGCUCAGGGAAAGGAUGGACAGAGUUGGGCUUGAAAUUCCAACAAUUGAAGUUCGAUUUGAGCAUUUAAAUGUUGAAGCACAAGUUUAUGUUGGAAGCAGAGCAUUGCCCACAGUACUCAACUUCUUUGUGAAUGUGCUUGAGGGGUUCUUAAAUUCUCUUCAAAUAAUUAAAAGUCCAAAGAAACCGUUACACAUCCUUCAGAAUGUUAGUGGAAUCAUAAAGCCUAAAAGAAUGGCAUUGCUUUUAGGACCACCAGGAUCUGGAAAGACCACAUUGCUGUUGGCAUUGGCUGGAAGACUUGGUAAAGAUUUGAAACAUUCUGGGAGAGUAACAUACAAUGGACAUGGUCUUGAGGAGUUUGUGCCACAAAGGACAUCAGCGUACAUAAGUCAACAUGAUAAUCACAUUGGAGAAAUGACUGUGAGAGAAACACUGGCUUUCUCAGCAAGAUGUCAAGGGAUUGGAAAGAAUUAUGAAAUGUUGACUGACCUCCUUAGAAGAGAGAAGGGAGCAAACAUUGAACCAGAUCCUGAUGUUGAUGCAUAUAUGAAGGCAGCAGCACUAGAAGGGCAGCAGAACAGUGUGGUCAUUGACUACAUUCUUAAGAUUUUGGGACUUGAAGUGUGUGCUGACAUUAUGGUAGGAGAUGAAAUGAUAAGGGGUAUCUCAGGAGGGCAGAAAAAGAGACUCACAACAGGGGAGAUGAUGGUUGGACCUAUAAGGGUGUUGUUCAUGGAUGAGAUAUCAACUGGUUUGGACAGUUCCACAACUUUUCAGAUUGUCAACUCUAUCCGGCAAUCCAUCCAUAUUUUGAAUGGAACUGCACUUGUGAGCUUAUUACAGCCAGCACCAGAAACUUAUGAACUAUUUGAUGAUAUAAUACUAUUAACAGAUGGGCAAAUUGUGUACCAAGGACCAAGAGAAAAUGUACUCGAGUUUUUCGAAUCAAUGGGUUUCAAGUGUCCUGAAAGAAAAGGAGUUGCUGACUUCUUACAAGAAGUGACAUCAAGGAAAGAUCAAUGGCAAUAUUGGGCACAUAAAGAUGAACCGUAUAGCUUUGUCACUGUCAAGGAUUUUGCUGAAGCCUUCCAGUCAUUUCACAUAGGUAAGCAACUUGGAGAUGAAAUGGAAAAUCCUUUUGACAAAUCUAAGUGCCAUCCAAAUGCAUUGAGCACAAAGAAGUAUGGUGUUAACAAGAAAGAGCUGUUGAGGGCUUGUGCUAGCAGAGAAUUUUUGCUUAUGAAGCGAAAUUCCUUUGUCUACAUAUUCAAAGCCACACAACUUACUUAUUUAGCUAUCUUGACAACAACAUUAUUUCUCCGAACCAAGAUGAGUCACUAUACCAAGGAAGAUGCAGAAGCUUACAUGGGUGCUCUGUUCUUCACUGUCACUGUUGCAAUGUUCAAUGGAAUAUCAGAACUGAAUAUGACAAUCAUGAAACUUCCUGUCUUUUACAAGCAAAGAGACCACCUCCUUUAUCCUUCAUGGGCUUAUUCUCUUCCACCAUGGAUCCUCAAAAUACCAUUAACCCUUGUAGAGGUUUCCAUCUGGGAAUGUAUCUCUUAUUAUGCCAUUGGCUUUGAUCCAAAUAUUCUCAGGCUUCUAAAACAGUACUUGGUAGUCUUUUGCAUUAACCAGAUGGCAUCAGCACUGUUUCGGUUGAUGGCUGCACUAGGAAGGGAUAUUGUGGUGGCAAACACUGCUGGCACAUUUGCACUGCUUGCAGUUACAGUUUUGGGAGGAUUUGUGAUUUCCAGAGAGGAUGUGCACAAAUGGUUUCUGUGGGGUUACUGGUCCUCACCAUUGAUGUAUGGACAGAAUGCUAUAGCUGUGAAUGAGUUUCUUGGGAAUAGUUGGAGAAAGGUUAGUCUUAAUUCCAGUGAAACAUUGGGAGUACUGAUACUGAAAUCUCGUGGAUUUUUCCCACAAGCGUAUUGGUAUUGGAUUGGAAUUGGAGCUUUGAUUGGUUAUGUUUUUCUCUUCAACUUUCUCUUCACCCUGGCUUUGCAAUAUCUCAGUCCAUUCAGAAAAGAUCAAGCAGGGCUAUCCCAAGAGAAGUUGCUUGAGAGAAAUGCUUCAAUGGCUGAAGAGCUCAUUCAGUUACCAACUAGAAAGAAUUCUUCUGAUACAAAGAUGGACAAAGAAGCAAGUCCACCAUCCUCUGGAGAAUUUGGUAAAAAGAGCAUAGCCAGUGACAGUGGAAAGAGAGGCAUGGUUCUUCCUUUUCAACCUCUAUUCCUGGCUUUUGACGAGAUAAGAUAUUCUGUAGACAUGCCACAGGAAAUGAAAAGUCAAGGAAUCAGUGAGAAUCGUCUUGAACUUCUGAAAGGUAUUAAUGGUGCUUUUAGGCCAGGGGUGCUAACAGCUCUGAUGGGUGUAAGUGGUGCUGGCAAGACUACUCUACUUGAUGUUCUAUCUGGAAGGAAAACAAGUGGAUACAUCGAAGGAAGCAUCACAAUAUCUGGAUACCCGAAGAAGCAAGAAACAUUUGCUCGCAUAUCAGGAUAUUGUGAACAACUUGAUAUCCACUCACCCAAUGUUACAGUUUUUGAGUCCUUGCUAUACUCAGCAUGGCUUCGUUUAUCUCCAGAAGUUGAUAAAGAAACUAGAAAGAUGUUCAUUGAGGAAGUUAUGGAACUUGUAGAACUUAAUUCAUUAAGAGAAGCACUUGUUGGAUUGCCAGGACAGACUGGAUUGUCAACUGAACAGCGCAAGAGGCUUACAAUUGCUGUUGAACUUGUAGCCAACCCAUCAAUAAUUUUCAUGGAUGAGCCAACCUCAGGCCUUGAUGCUAGAGCAGCUGCAAUUGUGAUGAGAACUGUAAGGAACACUGUUGACACAGGUCGAACUGUGGUCUGCACCAUCCACCAGCCAAGCAUUGAUAUAUUUGACGCCUUUGAUGAACUGUUACUUCUGAAAUUGGGAGGGGAGCAGAUAUAUUCUGGUCCAAUUGGCAGAAACUCUUGCCAUCUGAUCCAGUACUUUGAGGCUGUUCAAGGAGUGCCUCAGAUCAAAGAUGGUUAUAAUCCAGCAACUUGGAUGUUGGAAGUCACAUCAGCAGCAAAAGAGGCGAGUCUUAAGAUUGACUUCACAGAUGUGUACAAAAAUUCAGAGCUACACAGGAGAAACAAACAACUGAUUCAGGAGCUCAGUGUACCAUGUCAAGGUUCAAGAGAUCUAUACUUUCAUAGUCAGCAUUCACAGAGUUUCAUGGCACAACUCAUAGCGUGCCUAUGGAAGCAACAUUUGUCAUAUUGGCGGAACACAUCAUAUACUGCAGUUAGACUCCUAUUUACCACAACUUCAGGCUUAUUGUUUGGGGUGAUAUUUUGGAACGUUGGUUUCAAAAGGAGAAAGGAGCAAGAUCUUUUUGAUGCAAUGGGUUCAAUGUAUGCUGCUGUUACCUUCAUUGGGGUUGUGAAUGGUGCCUCAGUGCAGCCUAUAGUAGCAAUUGAGAGAACAGUCUUCUACAGAGAGAGAGCUGCAGGAAUGUAUUCAGCUUUACCAUAUGCUAUUUCACAGGUUAUUAUAGAGCUUCCUCACAUAUUGGCUCAGGCUCUGAUAUAUGGUAUCAUAGUAUAUGCCAUGAUGGGAUUUGAAUGGACAGCACCAAAGGUGUUUUGGAACCUCUAUUACACCUACUUCAGUUUCUUAUACUAUACUUUCUAUGGUAUGAUGACCAUGGCCAUAACUCCUAAUCCACACAUUGCUGGUAUAUUGUCCACCUCAUUCUAUGCAGUAUGGUGCCUUUUCUCAGGCUUCAUCAUUCCUUUAUCGAGAAUACCAAUAUGGUGGAAAUGGUACUAUUGGAUUUGCCCUGUUGCAUGGACCUUGUAUGGAUUGGUGGCAUCCCAAUAUGGAGAUGACAUGCAGAAGCUUGAGAAUGGCCAAAGGGUUGAAGAAUUUGUGAAGAGUUAUUUUGGGUUUGAACAUGAUUUUCUUGGAGUGGUUGCAAUUGUAGUGGCUGGUUUCUCCCUUUUGUUUGCACUCAUCUUUGCCUUUGGAAUCAAAGUAUUCAACUUCCAAAAAAGAUGAAAUCACUCUAGAGGUUUUAUGCAUCCAUUUGAAGCAUUCUGGAUAUGGCUGAACUGAAUUUUGCAAUUCAUUUGUAAGAUUCUGUCAUAGUAUGUAGAUUGGCCCAUUUGUAUUCAAAUUUUAAAACAUUUUAGUUUGAAAAAUAAAACAUGUACAU